AUCGGAUGGAUGGAUUUGAAUUAUAUUUAAGCAAUACAUCAAUUAUUCCACCUGAAGGACCAGAAGGGUAUCUCUGUUAUGAAGAUCCUGAUCCAGGUCUCCCAAACAUCACUCAAACGAUUCCUUGUAAUCACCUCGGACAAUAUGUCAUUUAUUACGAUAGAAAAGGUUCUUUAACAGGAAAUGAAAGCUAUAAUAUCAUUGAGUUAUGUUAUGUUGCCAUAAAUGGUUGUCAAAAGAAAUUUUGGGGGAGUAACUGCGAGUUCUCUUGUGCAGAAAAUUGUAUAGACCAACAUUGCUUCCCUGAAAACGGUUCCUGCAUUUUGGGAUGUAGUGAAAAGAACUGUUUGAAAGACAUUUGCGAUUUCGAUUCAGCAGUUUGUCUCGAAGGGUGUAAAGAUGGACGGACGGGACCCUUUUGUAACAAAUAUGACAUUGCAUUUAACUGUUUGGUUAGUUCUAAUCAAAAUGAUACUGAACUGGCUAGUUUAGCUAUUGAUGGCAAUAAAACAUCGUGUGUCGCAACACAGGCAUCCGCAAUAUGGGUACAGGUUGACAUCAAAGAAAUAAGUAUCGUGACGGAUAUUUAUCUUACUCUAAGUGUGAACAUUACAGAGGGAGGUAAUCAUACCAUUUACGUAUCAAACUCAAGUGGUGUACAGCAAAAUGGAACGGUUAUAUAUAGCAACGAAUCUUUACCUAUUGAGAUCAAAGUCAAUGCUGUAUUCAGAUACUUAAUUUAUGAACUUUCAGUUCAGGAAAAUGUUUCACUUGAAGUAUGUGAAAUUGGAAUUGCUGGUUGUCCUCCUACAAACUAUGGGCCUCUUUGUAGUCAAUUGUGCCCAAUAAACUGCAGUGGCCCUUGUGACCUUAAAACAGGACACUGUACAUUUGGAUGUGUAACUGGAUGGACUGGUAAUACAUGUGAAUUAGAUGCUGAAUGUUUCGAAAACUCAGAGAUACCAGUCUUGAAGUGUGGACCAGAAAUUUAUAAGGUUUUUCCAUCUAAUGGACCUAUUAAAGGUGGGACAUUGUUGACAAUAACUGGAAAAUACCUUGGAAAUGUAAAUGACAGUAUUUCCGUUGAUUUUAGCGGAGUAAGAUGUAAUAAUGUAACAGUUCAAUCACCACAUUCUAAAUAUACUAGUUUGACAUGUGUAACUGGAAAAUACAAUGCUAUCCAGACAAAGGGGAUAUUCGUUUCAGUGAAUGGAAAUAAUUUCAGCGACCACAAUAGUACACGCUUCAGUUAUAAGGAAUCAAUGAUGUUGGAAUUCUCACCAAAGAAAGGGAUUGUUUCUGGUGACACAACUGUUACAAUAAGCGGUGAUGAUAUUGGGUUUGAAGGACAAAAUCGAUACAAUAUUUCAUUUUGUUUUGAUGAGGAUUGUCAAGAAUGCAGAACAUUUCAACCUUCCUCAAGUUCGGAGUAUAUAAAGUGCAAAACUACUAAAUCGGACCAACCUAGAAAUAUGACUCGGUUGCAGGUUGUAAUUGAUGACUUGACAGUGUUAACAUUAAAUGGAACGUUUCAAUAUUUACCUGAUCCAAAAAUUGUGUUUUCAAAUAAAACACAAAAAGCCCAACAGAGUGGUGGCGCAACAUUUACAAUUCGUGGCGAAGGUUUCAAUAAUGUGGGAGAGAUAACUGUUGAAAGAGUGGUUAAAGCUUGCGAUGUACCAGAAGAUACCUCAGCUGUCUGUGAAACGCCUUCAAAACGAAAGAAUCAGUCUAACACCCAAACUGUUAAUGUUCGUUUUGAUGGCGUGAAUGUUACAGUUAAGAUAGAAUAUGUGGACGAUCCUACAUUCGAAAAGUUCCAAGGUGUAUACAAAUACGACAAAGAGUCUUCAAUUAAAAUCAAGGGUAGAAAUAUUUUAAAUGGAGCUCGCCUUGAAGACUACAGGAUACAUAUUGGUUUGGAUGGACGUUGUCUCAUUACAGAUAUCAAUAUGCAAUUUAUCAUAUGUUUUCCACCUAAUUCAGUACCUCGAACUAACAACACUGAUUUCAACCUGGCUCCUGUUAUUGUUAACGUUGGAAACAUCAAGGCGUACAUAGGUGACCUACAGUACAAACAAGUUGUUAAUAAAUUAGUCAUCAUAGCUGGUGUAUUAGCUGCUGCAUUGAUUACAGCUGUUGUGAUUGGCGUAUUGGCUGUAGUUGUUUUAAGAAGUAAGAAAAAGAGAGCUGUCAAAGAAUUCAAAAUUGAACUCAUGACAAGGGAAGAAAUGAUACGAAAAGCUAGUAGAGAAGAAUUUGCUGAUGCUCAGAUGAAUAUCAAAGAUAUAAAAUCUGACCUGGUUACUUCAAGAGUACCUUUUUGCGACUACCAAACAUAUGUUUGUCAUCAGCUCUUUCCAAACGAAGAUAAACUAUCUAAUCCCUUAACUAACGGUUCAGAGAUAACAGAUGAAAGAAAAACCAUAAUAAAAAGUGCAAUGGAAAAAUUCGAAAUACUGUGGUCGAACAAGCUUUUCUUAAAAUCACUUGUCCAAACAUUAGAUCGACCGAAUAUGCUUACAAUGCAAGAAAAGGCUCAGUUUUCGUCAGUUUUGUCGAUUUCAUUGCUUGGAAAUAUGAGACUCUUUUUCGAUUUGGUUCAUUGUUUGCUGGUUGACACGAUUCGGUCAUCAACAAAAAAACAGCAGAAAGUUUUAUUCAGAAGGUUUGACUCUAUUACCCUGAGAUUAUUGGUAAAUUGGUUACAGAUUGGGCUGUACAGACAAUUAACUUCACACAAUGGUAUGCAACUGUUUUUGUUAUACAAAGCAGUACAAACAAUUACAGAAAUGGGACCAAUAGAUGCAAUUACAGGUAGUUCAAAGAACACCAUUGCAGAAGAAAAGCUACUUAAAAUGAGGAUCGAACACCAAAAUAUUACAUUACAAAUAGAUCUGAAUGGAAAUAGUUGCCAGCAUUUUCCUGUCAAAGUUAUUGACUGUGAUACAAUAUCACAGGUGAAACAGAAAUGUUGUGCGCAGGUUUAUAAGAAUAAACCUGCUUCAGAAAUACCAAACGAUGAUGAACUUUCUUUAGAAUGGCAAGAAGGAAAAGCUGGCAAACUAACAUUGAAUGAUAUUGAUAACACCAAUGAAAGAAACAAUGGAUUGAUAUGUCUGAAUACCUUAAAACAUUAUAUGGUUAAGGACAACAGUAGAAUGGCCCUGAUGUACAAGCCUCAUGGCAAACAAGAGAUCUUUGUGAACACGCCAGGUAUAGAAAUAGAAAGUAAGAUUUCAGAGGCUAUGUCAUUGCUAGAGUCGGACGAUGGUGAAGACGAGAAGUCAGAACCACAAAAAUGGCACUUGGUAUUUAUGAGAUUUGAUAAUCGUUAA